GUAUAGGCAUCGACAACUUCGAUAAGGUGAAGGGGCUUCAUUAAACACAUCGUCAGGACAUAUGAUGUAGAUCCUCGGUACACGCAAGUGGCUAUGGUUGAAUUCAGCACUAACGCCAGAAAAUAAUAUAAAUGAACAUUCCAACUUUACGGAUCUCAUAGCCCCAAUAGACAACAUCCACUACUCUGGGGGCGGCACUAUGACGUCAGACGCUCUGGAGUUGAUGCGAGGUCCGGGAUAUGAAGGAGAGCGGCCCGGUGCACCAGACAUAAGCAUCGUGAUCACCGACGGGCUUUCAAAAUACCCGUCAAUAACGAAGAUCCAGGCGGACCGGGCCAAGGUGGACAGCAUCACGAUGUUCUCCAUUGGUAUCGGGAACCAGACGGAUCCGACGGAACUAACGGGACUCGCCAGCGGACCGCAGUUCCAGUUCCAAGUCGAAGAGUUUUGGGCUCUCUCGAAAAUCGACAAUGUCCUCGCGAAUUUGGCUUGCGGAGCUACCACAAUGACGCCGACGCCCGCCGGCUGUGUGGACCAGGUCGACUGCUCUGGAUACUACAAGGAUUCUUGCUCCGACUUUGGGCCAUACGCCCGCGGGCACUGUGCCAAGACAUGUGGCUUCUGUGGAACUGAGGUUGAAAGUCCCUGCAAGGACGCGAUUACGAACUGUGGAUCUUACGGAACCUACAUGUGCUUCGAUAUCAGCCAGUAUCAAUGGGUGGACAAGAACUGCCGAAAAGUCUGCGGUUUUUGUGGUAAGCCAUUCUUGUAA